AUGAAGUUUGUUGUAGCUCUCCUCACCACCCUUUUCGCCACAUCCAACGCCAUUGAGCUCACUCCUGACAAUUGGGAUGAAGCUACUGCUGGUAAGACCAUCUUUGUCAAAAUGUUCGCCCCAUGGUGCGGACACUGCAAGAAGAUGAAGCCUGACUGGGACAAGCUGAUGGACGAAUUCGCUGAUUCCAAGACCGCCCUUGUCGCUGACGUGGACUGUACCGCUGAGGGCAAGCCAAUCUGUGAUGACAAUGGUGUCAAAGGAUUCCCCACCCUCAAGUACGGAGAUCCUUCCGCUUUGGAGGACUACAAGGGUGGACGUGACUACAGCUCUUUGAAAAAGUUUGCGGAAGAGAGUUUGAAGCCAAUGUGUUCUCCUAACAACAUUGACCUUUGCGACGCCGAAAAGAAGGCUGAAAUUGAAAAGUACCAAGCCAUGUCCGCUGCUGACUUGGAAGCCGCAAUUGCUGAAAAGACCAAGGUCAUGGACGAAGCCGAGGAAGCCUUCAAGACGGGAGUUAACGAACUUCAAGAAAAGUACCAAAAGAUGAUGGAAGACAAGGAAAAGACUAUCGAGGAUAUCAAGAACUCUGGUCUUGGUUUGAUGAAGGCUGUCAAGGCUGCAUCAGCCAAGAAGGGAUCUGAUGAACUUUAA